CAACUUGUUUGGAAUUGCAGUCUAGUUGUGACAAUCCAACAUAUUAUACUCGUAUUUCAUCUUGGAGCGUCUAGGUCUAACUUAAAAUCAACUUAAAAUGACAGGAAAGUUAUUUUCUCUUUUGGCAGUUAUUUUGCUUAUAGAGUAUGGUCAAGUGUGUCAAGCGGUUCCUGUGCCUGAAACUAGUGUUGAACAUAAUCUGAAUUCUUUAAAAAUUGAGCCCAUAAGCGUUAGCUCUGAAGAAGAAAAUGAGCACUAUAAGAAGAUCAUGGUAUUGCUAGAAACCGACUUACAUGAUUUGAUCAAAUACUUUCUUGUAGAAGACAGAAAAGUAUUAAAAACUGUUUUAGAAAAAACAGAAACCACAGAUAUGACAGAUGCUAUGAAAGAAGAGCGAAAGACGCUUGAAGGAAUUUUGCAUAAAAUGGACGAAUUUAAGACAUCUGAAUCUAAAACUAAAUUAAACGAUUUAUAUACGAUUUUUAAAGAUUCGUUAGCAGAAAUGAUGAAAUAUGACCCAAAAGAAAUGAAGGAUCCAACAACUGAACAGACUACCAUGAUGACUGUAAUGAAGGAAAAUGGUGUUCCAGAAUUAUUGACUGAAUUCGAAAAUCGAUUAGAUACGUAUGCUGGUAAAAUUAAUACCGAAACACUUGCUUUUAUGAAAGAUCACAAAAUGGAACCGAAAAUUGCUGAACAGGUAGAGGGCUGGCAUAAGAAAUACGAUGACGAGGAUUGUUUACUCAAAAAGUUCGACAUAUUUUCAAGUUUUAUGGACACAAUUGUUGCGACUGAAUGAGCUAAUAAUCAUUUGAUAAUUUAAUAUUUUGAAUAAUAAUUAAACAAAUUAUCGAAAAGUAUACGUAUACUAUUAUAUUAGAACCACAAA